UUUUGGCGCUUUUGGUAAAGGGAAGGGGACUGUACUGAUCAGCAGGUGGGCUUAUUGCUGCUCUCGUCGGGAGCGCGGAGGCUUUAUCCUGGAACGUUUUGACGGAGACGGAGCCUGCAGCUGCUUGGCUUGGACUGCGGGGACUGGCGAGCGGGAACGCGAGCCCUUCUUGGCCAGGAAACCAGAGCCUUCCAACAUGGACAGGAUUUAUUCUGAAGCAAAUGAAGAAAAUGACUACACAGAUUGCACGAUAAAAAGAAGGAUUUCUUCAAUUUUAAAAGCUCCUCGUUCUCCUCUUCGUGACAUAGGGAAUGGAAAUGAAUUGACUCAGGACUGCAACAUUGAGAAACGUCAGAAAAACUCUAGACGUGUCAGUUUUGCAGAUACCAUAAGGGUCUUCCCUCCAGAUCUUCAAAACACUGUGGAAUCAAACCAUGCAGAGAAUGCAGCAGAUGUCAAGGAUCAAGACCCACUUUAUCAAAAUGAAGAACCAGAGGUUGUUCCAUGUGAGAUCACUGGGAUGAACACUCUACUACAUGCCCCUAUCCAGACACCUUUACAACAAAUGGAGUGUCAUGAUGCAAACACUGGUCAAGAAUGGAACAAAAUGGACAGAACAUGUUUGUUUUCAGAAGAAAAUGAAAUGGAUAUGACAGUUGGUCACAUGGUCAUGAUUACCCAUGAUAUUGGAAUAUCUCACACUGAUAAUAAGCCCAGGAAAAUUGAUUUCAAAUCAUUUGCCUUUAGUAAAGAAGUUUCAGAAGUGAAUAAGGAGUUCAGCUUCUUUAGUAGCUCUGCAAAGGUGAAUGAGACUUCUGUAUCUCAACAGAAGACAAACACUCAAAACACACAGAAAAUUAACUGUGAUUACUUUCUGAAAAGCUUGAAGUCAACUAAAGUGCUUCCUAUAAAUCUUGUUCCUACCAUGGUUCCAGAAAGAAAUGUGUGUUCUUCAGCGGAAGAUGCUUAUACCCACUCACAAGGGAAAAACCGCAACAUAACUACUGUCUUUGAUGGACUUGAUAGUAGAAUGGAUGUUACAGAGUACUGCGUAUCUAAUAAGAAUGUAACCUCACCACAUACUUGGCAUCCCUUAAAACCAUCAGGAUGUGGGGAAGUGACUCUGGCUUGUGGAGAUGAAAGCAUGGACUUGACUGUUGCCAAUACUGAAAUAAUUUUGCUACCUGGAACUAGCUCAUUUAAGAAGGUGAAUCAACAGGAGCACCUCAAAAGAGAUGGCUCAGUCACUUGUAGGACUGAUAGCUGUAGAUUAAAUACUUCUAGUUACCAAUCUGGUGUCCAGCAGGACCCACAUAUGUGUAUUGUAAAUAACAAUGCAGAUGUUGCUGCUAAGCAUGCUGACAAGAUGACUAGUAGGGAUGCCUCACUGGCUUUUAAUCAGGGAAACAGGACAAUACCGUUUGGGCCUGCCACUUCUGUGCCAGUUCUCCAUGGUGAUAGGACCACUGUCUUCUCUAGCUUCUGUGCAGAUAUGGAAAUGACUAGCAGUUGCUCAGGUUUAAUUUGGGAUGGAAAUUCCAAGCACACUAGUAAUCUUCCUUAUGGUACUUCUGAAAAACAACGAAGCAGUGUCGCAAGGCUAGUGGAGGGAACUGUUUCUGGAGAGAGCAAUAUGGCCAUUACAAAAAACCAAGCUUCUACAAAUUCUUACCUAAAUAGUGUGCAACAUUCCUUCCCCUACAAUGAAAUUGCUGCUUCAAAUCGAGAAUCUGCAAAUAUGGAGCUGCUAAAUCCAAGAAUAAAUCCUGGCUCUUGGGACUCCUGCCUUCAUGAGAGGAAAGAAAGCUCUCUGCUGGUUUCAUUGCCAAGUAAAAGAUCCGCUGUCUCCUCAUCAAAAAACAUUGAUUUAAAUAGAAGUUCGGUUGCAACAAGUACUAGAAAGCAUGCAGAGAAUCAUUUUCUUCCUGUAUCAUCUGAUAUGACUGUGUUUGAACAAGUCAAUCAUACAACAGCAGAAGACAGUAAAACUAAUGUAAAAAGUGGGGUUUCAGACAAUGCAACUUCCUUCAUUCCUGCAAAUAAAACUAUUAUGUUCACAUGCAGUGAGGACAUGGAAAUAACUAAACCCACAGCGUACUUCAGAGAUCUAUCUAUUAACACUGCUGAAUUCCAUGAUGUGCCACAACAUGAAAUGAGGGCCAGUAAGAAAAGUGUAACAGAUUUAGCUAGUGGUGAGACUGUGCUGUUUUCUCAGAGAGAAGACAAUGAAAUGGAGAUUACCAAGAGCUGUACAGUGGCAGUAAGCCAUGAUAUUAUCCAACAAGCCAAGGUAGCUACUCAAGAGCUGCUAAAUCCAAGAAUAGGUCCUGACUCUUGGGACUCCUACCUUCCUGAGAGGAAAGAAAACUCUCUGUUUGUUUCAUUGCCAAGUAAAAGAUCCGCUGUCUCCUCAUCAAAAAACAUUGAUUUAAAUACAAGUUUGGUUGCAACAAGUGCUAGAAAGCAUGCAGAGAAUCAGUUUCUUCCCAUAUCAUCUGAUAUGACUGUGUUUGAACAAGUCAAUCAUACAACAGCAGAAGACAGUAAAACUUGUGUAAAAAGUGGGGUUUCAGACAAUGCAACUUCCUUCAUUCCUGCAGAUAAAACUAUUAUGUUGACAUGCAGUGAGGACAUGGAAAUAACUAAACCCACAACAUACUUCAGAGACCUAUUUGUUCACACUGCUGAAUUCCAUGAUGUGCCACAACAUGAAAUGAGGGCCAGUAAGAAAAGUGUAACAGAUUUAGCUAGUGGUGAGACUGUGCUGUUUUCCCAGAGAGAAGACAAUGAAAUGGAGAUUACCAAGAGCUGUACAGUGGCAGUAAGCCAUGAUAUUAUCCAACAAGCCAAGGUAGCUACUCAAGAGCUGUUCUCAGAUCCUGCAGAUAAAACUGGUGUGUCAGUACAAAGCAGUGAUACUCCAGUAACUAAAUCCACAACUUGUUUUCCCCUAGAUAAAACUGUGAUGUUUGUGCACAAUAACGAAAUAGAAAUUUCUAAACCCAUAACAGAUAGAUUUCUGAAGAAUACUAAUUUCAGAGCUUUGUCACAGAAAGGGAAAGAGGCUAGGGAAGCAGUGUUACCAGGCACAGCUAAAGGCGAUACCAUUAAUCUUGCACCACCUGAAAAUGAAAUGGAGAUUACUAAGAGCCAUACAGUGGCAGUUGAUCAUGGUAUUGCCAGCCAGUAUGAAAGAACCUCUCAAGUGCCAUUUGGCUGGGAAGAUAUGGACAUUGCAGGAUUUCUUGCUGUUGACAAAAAUUCAAAAAUAAAUAUGCCAAAGAGUGUGGUGAAACUUGGAAAGCAAGCUGAAUGGGAGCCCUCUUCAAACCAAAACUUUGAAACUCUGGCCGAUAUAGAGACCACUAAAAGCUAUUCAAUGCCAUUUGAUAGCAAAGCAGUCUUGCAUAAUCAGUCAGCUAGCCAAUCUGGAUCUGGAUUUUCUCUCAGUAAGAUUCAUGCAUUUGCAUCUUGCCAGAAUGGUGCAGAAGUCACUGAUUUGCCUCUUAAUACUACUGGUAAUGGGAGCCUGAAGGGAUCUGAGAAGCAAGAAAUGCCAAGUAAAAACACACAGCAGAACUUGGAUAACAUGCCAUCCCUUCCUUGCAGGGCGGAAAAGCAAGAUAUAGAAAUUGCAAGAAAUCAAACCAUUACUAUUCAUGGCUCUAAUAACUUCUUGUUGACUUCUGAGAAGCAGAUACUGAAUUCCUCCAUGAAGUCAAGAGAAAAGAUGAUCUCACUUUUAGAUGAAGAUAACAUGGAGAUGACUAGAAAUUACACAACUGGAAUUGAGUUUAUGCAUACAAAUGAUUUAAAGAAUGAAUGCUACCUACUUUCCCAGGCAAAAUCAGGUUCUGUAGUGCCUUAUGAAACUAAAUUGGGCAGUGCUGAAACUGACAAAAGUAUACCUGAAAAAUCAGUUUGUUCUGCCAAUGUGAUGUUUUCUAUACCUCUGAAUAUUGUCCAAGAGCAACAGAAAUAUUUGAAAAUGAAAGAAAAACAGCUAGAAUCCUGCACAUCCAGUAUCGGUAAUCUUGUAAAAGAAAUUGCAUCAAAUGUGUCCUGUAGGGAAGAAAAUAAAUUAGUAUUGACAAGUCCACAAUCUGCAGAAACAGGUCUUGAUUUGAACACAGGGAGAAUGAUUACUGAAAGCAAGAAAAAUGAUCCAAGGAAGUUGUCUCAGUCAAGACAGGAAGAUAAUCAGAGUAGAGGAACAGAAGGUCUUCCAGUUGAUAACAAAGUAACUAAGAAUUGUGAAACUGUGCCAUGUGAAUGGGGAAGUAUUACAAAAGACCGGCAAACUAAUUUCAAUUUUCUUUCCAAGGAAGAUCACGUUUUUCUGCCUCGGAUAUCUGCUAGUGUCAGUGAUUGUUCAAAGAUGGAAAAUGUUGGGAAGAAGUCAGAACUUGUCCUAUUCUCUGAGAACACUAGACCCAGUCUUGAAAAACACUUGGCCAAACCAACGAUGAAGCCAGAUGAUUUUCUGGAGUUGAGACAUAUUGUCAAAGAACCGAAUAAUCCUAUUGCUUGCAAUGAACAGACAAAUAUGGGUACUGCAGAAGAUGCUCCCCAUAGUGUACCCAUAAAUACUAUAAAUCACUGUCAAAUAACAAAAUUGCCCCUAGGUAUCUUCCCACCUAAACUGCCAAAUAGAAGAAAGUCUGCUCUGUCUAAUGUAGAUGAUAUUUGUACCAGAUCCCAAGAGAGAAAAGAAGCUCAAGAUUCAGAAAGCUCUUUGCUGAUUAAGAAACUCUCAGACAAAAUUACACAGAAUUUAAGUCCAUCUCAUUAUAUAGGUGAAGAAUUGCUUCCACCAUGUUUAGAGGAAAUGGAUUCUAAUGAGUCUCUGAGUUGUGAAGUGUUUGAAAAGCCUUGUGAUGUGCUAAGUGGACAGGAGAUCACUGAUAAUGAAGGGCAUCUAUUUGAAGUAUUUGAAACUAAUGGCAGGCAGAAGAGAGCUUGGAAUCAAGACGAUGAGGAACUUCAAAAAGAAAAGAAGCUUAAAGUAGAUGAGGGCUGGGAAACAAUGGCAGAGUUUAAACAGCCCCUUUCCAGCACUGUGGUCACUCACAGCCAUAUAGAAACUAAUGAUGGUAAAACUGUUCCGGAUCUGAUAGCUACAAACCUGGAAAAGACCCAAAGCAGCACCAGCAGCUCUUUGGAUUCUCUAAAGGCUGACAUAGACUUCAGCAUUCAGCGGAAUAGUGAAAUGGAGACUCAGCUCCUCAUGGACAAUAUUUGUGGACAAAAUUUGCAGGAGAAAUUGCAGGAAGGUGUUAUCACAGUCCGGGAGUUUUUCACUCUUCUUCAAGUUCAUGUUCUGAUACAGAAGCCUCGCCAGAGCCAGCUUCCACCCAAAUAUGCAGUCAACAAACCACCGACCCUAGAAGAUGCAAUUCGCAGCCAGUACAUUUAUCGUCCCAUGUUGCAGGCUUAUGAUGAAGAUUGCCACAUUCUCUCUGAGACAAUGGAAGAGUUAAAGUUACAUGUAAAUGGCCAAGAUAAACUUCUGGUGAAUGUGCAUAAAAGUCUGUGGGAAGUAAUGAAAACCUGCUCUGAUGAGGAGCUGAAAGGCUUUGGAGCGGAAUUGAACAAAAUGAAAUCUUGUUUCACCAAGAAGAGUAAGGUUCUUGCUCACAGGGGGAAAGCAAAAUUAUAUGGAACGCUGGUGCAGAAUGCACAGCUCCAACGGGAAAAACUUCAAUCAAGACUAGCUAAAGUAGAUGAACUUAUUAAAAAAAUGGAUAGCAGUCUUCAUGCUCUGGAGAAAGAAACUGCUGAUUUAGAAAAGUCUGAGUUGGACGUUAAGGUCUCCAUAGCAAAAUAUGAAUCCAAGCUGAAAGAUGCUGAGAGAGAGCUGGAAAGCUGCAAAGCCCAAGAGGAAGAACUUCAAAGAGAGCAUUCAAUUCUCAGAGAUCAAAAGCAAGAGAGAACUUCUGAGAUCAGCCAUCUCCAGGAAGAUGCAAACAGAUAUCAGGAGCUCAUGAAGAAAUACAACUUCUCUGAAUGGGUAAUAAAAGAAUGGAAUGAUCACAAGGCAGUUUUCACCUUCCUUUAUGAUUCUAUUGAACUCACUGUCUUGUUUGGCUGCCAUGUAGAUGAUGCUACAUUCAGCAAAACGUUCUGCAGGAAGAUUGCUGGUGUGAACUUUGAAUCACUGUUGGAUGAAGAAAAAGCGUUGCCCUCUUCCAAACUAGUGCAAAGGCUCAUCUUCCAAUUUAUUAAGAGUCAGAAAUGGCAGGAGACAUGCUCAACAUUGCACAACCUUUAUCAGAUGCUGCAUGACAUCUCUCUUGUGGUGAGUCGUUGUCAGCAUUUAGGGGAAGAGAUAAAGUUCCUGGACAGAUGGGGUGGAAAAUUCAAUCUUCUGAAGACUGAAGUGAACGAUACAAACAUGAAGCUCUUAUUUUCCAGUUCUAUAGCUUCUGCAAAGUUUGAAGUUGAACUCUCUUUAACUGCCAGCUACCCUGCAUCCCCAAUGACUUUCACUGUCCAAAAAUACACAGGAAAUAUUGGCCAAGAGGAAAUUUCUGUAGUUUUGUCCAGUGUUCCGGUGGGAGCCAACUACUUGAAGAGAAUGGUCAAUCAGAUUCAUCAUCUGCUCCAGUGUCCUUCAACAAGCCACAAACAGCAAAGAUAACUGAGCAGCUAUCAGAUAGGACACUCUGCCUCUGUGAUAAGUCAACUACCAAGAGAGAAAUUUUGCAGUCAUCAGAUCUUUAAAUACAAUCUCAGUAUACACAAGUACUAGCUCUUCCUUCAGCAAAGUCAACUGAAAAGACUAAUAAGAAAUUCUAUAUAGUUCGUUUGCUUUGUUUCUCUUCAUUUCUUCCAGUGCUGCAUGUAGCCACCUAUAAUUCUUGGAAAACUAGUUUAACACAUAAAACAAUAUAAUAAUUCUGCUACCAUAGUCUGUGCAAUUUCAAAGGUUUUAAGUAAUGAAACUGCACACUUUACAAGGUUUACAAGCGUAUGGAUUAUCAGUAGGAGUCUUUGACACCCCAUGACAAAAUUUUAUUUUCGACAUUAUGUGCUCUCAGUAAUUGGGAUGUCAAAAAUUAAAACACUGCAUGCAGAAAGCAAGUGCUUUACAAUGUUAGUGUAUUUGAAUCUUUUGUUUUUAUUCAUGCUUGUAUAGACUGAAUUCUUCCGUUUCAGAGAAGACUAUAGUCAUAUCACUAGCAUACUCUGAAAUAUUUUUGGUCAUUCAGACUGAUAUGGUUGUAUCCUAGAUCUAUACAAUUUGUAUUAGCAAAAUGACCAGAAUAUCUCUAGUGUGCUCUUCUGUUGCCUCGGAUCUUUCUAUGUAUGUACAUCAUAUUAAAACACUUUUUGAAGUUUGUGCAUUUUUAUAAAAUGUUUUCUUUAAGAGGAAGGUUUAAUAAAUAUGCUUACACUAAUACUGUAAAA